AUGACGAAGAGAGGCCUGGAGCUUGAAGUUAUUCUGGUAGAGAUGAUGCUGCAGCAACCGGCACCACGACGGCCAGGAGGAACACGGAAGAAAACUCAAACUAUCCGCCUCAUCUCCGACUCUGCUGACUUUUCUGACGUCACAGCCCAGUGCGACAUUACCUUCCUACCGUUUUCGCAGUGGGCGGUCGCUAUCGUGAAUUACCGAGCUGAUGAUUCUGGAAAGCGCGGUGGUAUUGGAAAACUUAAACCCGCAAAUGACUACUUGUGCUUCAUACUUGGAUCUAGUAUUCAUAGUGCACAUGGAGGGUGGCAAAAGGUUGAAACACAAAAAAUUGUGACAAUUCGCACCAAGAGGGAGGUGUACCAACGAGUUACGACAGUGUGGCUUUAG